ACACCUCACCCCCAAGACAUGGAAGCUAUCAUUAGACUGGGCAAGAAAACACAUCCCUCUUAAAAACUUUCCAUGGAUUUCUAUGAGCAAGUGCCAUGCUGUUAUUGUGUCAGGCUGUUAAAAUCUGAAAAAUAACAUGCUGCCUCUGUCAGACCAAGUGAAGCAAGUGGCAAGAAGACAAUUGGUUCAUUCUGUUGAUUAGAAGAGCUUCAGGAACAAUGCCUUCAAAAGUCUCGUGUUUAUAUGUCUUGACAGUUGUGUGUUGGGCAAGUGCUUUGUGGUACUUAAGCAUAACACGUCCCACUUCCUCCUACACCUCCUCUUACACUGUUCACAAAACGUAUGACAGCAUCUCAAUGGCUCGAAAAAAUGUUUCCUUUGGGAACAUAAGGACUCGACCAAUAAACCCACAUUCAUUUGAUUUUCUCAUCAAUGAGCCAGAGAAGUGUGAGAAGAACACUCCCUUUUUGGUUAUUCUAAUCAGCACAACACACAAAGAGUUUGAUGCGCGACAAGCCAUCCGGGAGACAUGGGGAGACGAGAACAACUUCAAAGGCAUUAAGAUCUCGACUCUUUUUCUUCUGGGGAAAAACACAGAUUCUGUGUUAAACCAGAUGGUUGAGCAAGAAAGUCAAAUUUUUCACGACAUCAUUGUGGAAGAUUUCAUUGACUCAUAUCAUAACCUGACCCUGAAAACAUUAAUGGGGAUGAAGUGGGUGGCCACGUUUUGUUCAAAAGCCAAGUAUAUCAUGAAAACAGACAGCGACAUUUUCGUAAAUAUGGACAACCUUAUUUACAAGUUGCUAAAACCGAACACCAAGCCAAGACGAAGGUACUUUACUGGCUACGUCAUCAACGGAGGCCCCAUCAGGGAUGUCCGGAGCAAAUGGUACAUGCCUAGGGACUUGUAUCCUGACAGCAACUAUCCGCCAUUUUGCUCAGGCACAGGCUAUAUAUUUUCUGCCGAUGUAGCAGAGAUGAUUUACAAAACUUCCCUCCAUACUAGACUCCUUCAUCUUGAGGACGUUUACGUGGGACUCUGUCUGCGGAAGCUUGGCAUCCAUCCUUUCCAAAACAGUGGCUUCAAUCACUGGAAGAUGGCCUACAGCCUGUGCAGAUACCGGCGUGUUAUUACGGUACAUCAGAUAUCCCCUGAGGAAAUGCACAGGAUUUGGAAUGAUAUGUCCAGCAAGAAGCAUCUCAGAUGUUAGGACUUUUUGAGAUGUAAAUACUUUGGUUCUUGUUAUACAAAUAGAGAGCAAACAGACAAUGAGGUGUUCACUUCUAGGAGGAAAAAAAAAUCUUAAUAAUAUUUUGGUUGGCUGGUCUCCCCAGCUAUAACUUCUGGUUUACAAACUGCAGGUCCUAAUAUUAUGGUGUUAUUCACAUCAGUCCAAACAAACAAAAGAGGCAUUUGUCUUGUCUAGUCUAUCCAGCAUAUGCAUAAGAAGAUGAGCAUAACAAGCAUAACAUAAACAUUCAUUCCCAUCAGAAAGGAACCCUUCUGUAAGGCAAUGGUGGGUCAUUGGUUAUGAGGAAAAUUCACCUUCACAGAAAUCAAUUUUUAAAAAUGCAGGCUGAAAUGGUGCCAUGAUAGGCUUUAUUCCAAAUUAAAUGCCACUUUAUCACCAAAGAGCCCUUGCAUCAAGAUGGGGAGCCACAAUAAGGCUUCUUCUAGUUAAAAUGGGAAUAGAUACUCCACCCCACCCCUCCCCAAAGAAUAGUCCAUCCUAUAACCACCUGAGCCAUGAGGACCAAAAAGUCUGAAAGAAAAUGAGCAGGUAAACUUGAAAAUAGCAAUAGCACUUAGACUUAUAUACCACUUCAUAGUGCUUUUACAGCCCUCUCUAAUU